AUGGGGGAGAAGAUGGCGGAAGAGGAGCCCUGGGCACAUAGUAGUGAAGGAGGCCGACCAGGAGCCGCCCUCAGGUUCCCUAAUACAACUCAUGAAGGUUUCAAUGUCACUCUCCACACUACCUUGGUUGUCACUACGAAACUGGUGCUCCCGACCCCUGCCAAGCCCAUUCUGCCCGUGCAAACGGGGGAGCAGGCUCAGCAGGAGGAACAGUCAAGCGGCAUGACCAUUUUCUUCAGCCUCCUCGUCCUAGCUAUCUGCAUCAUAUUGGUGCAUUUACUGAUCCGAUACAGAUUACAUUUCUUGCCAGAGAGUGUUGCUGUUGUUUCUUUAGGUAUUCUCAUGGGAGCAGUUAUAAAAAUUAUAGAGUUUAAAAAAUUGGCAAAUUGGAAGGAAGAAGAAAUGUUUCGUCCAAAUAUGUUUUUCCUUCUCCUGCUUCCUCCUAUUAUAUUUGAGUCAGGAUAUUCAUUACACAAGGGUAACUUCUUUCAAAAUAUUGGUUCCAUCACCCUGUUUGCUGUCUUCGGUACGGCAAUUUCCGCUUUUGUAGUAGGUGGAGGAAUUUAUUUUCUGGGUCAGGCUGAUGUAAUCUCUAAACUCAACAUGACAGACAGCUUUGCAUUUGGCUCCCUGAUUUCUGCUGUGGAUCCAGUGGCCACUAUUGCUAUUUUCAAUGCGCUUCAUGUGGACCCAGUGCUCAACAUGCUGGUGUUUGGAGAGAGUAUUCUCAACGACGCCGUCUCCAUUGUCCUGACCAACACAGCUGAAGGUUUAACAAGGAAAAAUAUGUCAGAUGUCAGUGGGUGGCAAACAUUUUUACAAGCCCUUGGCUACUUCCUCAAAAUGUUCUUUGGCUCAGCAGCACUCGGCACCCUCACUGGCUUAAUCUCUGCACUAGUGCUAAAGCAUAUUGACUUGAGGAAAACGCCUUCCUUGGAGUUUGGCAUGAUGAUCAUCUUUGCUUAUCUUCCUUAUGGGCUCGCUGAAGGAAUCUCGCUCUCGGGCAUCAUGGCCAUCCUGUUCUCGGGCAUCGUGAUGUCCCACUACACGCACCAUAACCUGUCCCCGGUCACCCAGAUCCUCAUGCAGCAAACCCUGCGGACCGUGGCCUUCCUGUGCGAAACAUGUGUGUUUGCAUUUCUUGGCCUGUCCAUUUUUAGUUUCCCUCACAAGUUUGAAAUUUCCUUUGUCAUCUGGUGCAUAGUACUUGUACUGUUUGCCAGAGCGGUGAACAUUUUCCCUCUUUCCUACCUCCUGAAUUUCUUCCGCGAUCAUAAAAUCACACCGAAGAUGAUGUUCAUCAUGUGGUUUAGUGGCCUGCGGGGGGCCAUCCCCUACGCGCUGAGCCUGCACCUGGACCUGGAGCCCAUGGAGAAGCGGCAGCUCAUCGGCACCACCACCAUCAUCAUCGUGCUCUUCACCAUCCUGCUGCUGGGCGGCAGCACCAUGCCCCUCAUCCGCCUCAUGGACAUCGAGGACGCCAAGGCGCGCCGCAGGAACAAGAAGGACGUCAACCUCAGCAAGACAGAGAAGAUGGGCAACACCAUCGAGUCGGAGCACUUGUCAGAGCUCACAGAGGAGGAGUACGAAGCCCACUACAUCAGGCGGCAGGACCUCAAAGGCUUCGUGUGGCUGGACGCCAAGUACCUGAACCCCUUUUUCACGCGGCGGCUAACUCAGGAGGACCUCCACCACGGACGUAUCCAGAUGAAAACCCUCACCAACAAGUGGUACGAGGAGGUGCGCCAGGGCCCCUCUGGCUCUGAAGACGACGAGCAGGAGCUGCUGUGAUGGAGCAGGGCGCCCGGUCGGGCCCCCCCCACGGCUCCCGGGACAGACACUCCGCGAAGGCCCCCGGUGCUGCUUGCAUCGGGCGGCCUCCUCAGGGCAGAUGGAGGCGGGGUGAAGCAAAGGCCACGGUCCUCUUAAACCAGGCGUCCCCGGCCCUUGGAGCCAGCUGUCUGCUUCGGAAACAGUCAUCCCCCCAGGCCUCAACUGAGCCGGACCUCUACUCGCCAUGUUGCUUCUCAGCUCGCAGAUCAGAGGGACCACGUGUCCAGGUAAAUUCUCCUUCUCUUCUGCACCCAGGGCGAGUAGUCCUCUGCCAAGCUGCGGCGCGUGAGGAGAGAAAUGGCGCUGCGGAGCCCGGCCGUGACCGGGGCGGCCGGGGAGCGCCGGCUCGCAGCUUCCGCCGUUCCCAGCCACGGCCUUCGUCCCAGGAGCACCUGCUGAGGCCGGGAUGGGUGUCUGUUCUACCGGGGCGAGGAGCCAGCCGUUUCCCCUUGGUCAUCGAGGUGCCUCCGGCCUCAGCAGCAGCAAUUCUGACCUAAGUGCUGGGCUCCGAAAUCUGGAAAAUGUCACACUCCCCUCUGUGAUGUUGCUUGCACUCCUUGAGAAAGAAAAACCGAGUGACAAACUUCG